AUGAUCUCGUCGGCAGCUUUGGUCGCCGCUCUCUCCCUGUUGUCUGCUGCUCCGGUGGCAUUGGCUCAGACAUGCACUCCCUGCGACGAUGUGCACUUCUUCCUUGCCCGUGGUAACAACGAGCCUUACCCGGGACGACAGGGAGAUCUCGUGGCCGCGACCUGUGACGGCCUUUCCAGCUGCGGCUACGAGGAUCUCAUCUAUUCCGCCCUAUACACCGAUCUGUCUUGCCAGACCACCUACGAUGGAGUCAUUGCUGGUUUCACUCAGUUGACUUCGUAUGCCGAGCGAUGCCCCAAGUCGAAGCUGGUCCUCGCCGGAUACUCUCAGGGUGCACAGAUUGUGACCGAUAUUCUCGGCGGUGGAGGUGGUGAAUCCUUCAACGGCUGCAUUCAGCCAAACACGCCGGCUUUGGAUCCCACCACCAGCCCAGGCAACAGACUAUCGGCCGUUCUGGUUUUUGGCAACACUCGACACACUGCUAACCAGCCGUACAACUACGGCAACGGAUCCGGCAUCGAUGGCCUCUUCCCUCGCUCCGGGAGCAUGUUGACUUCUCUGGAUAAGUACGCCGCUAUUACUCGUGACUGGUGUCUGCAGACCGAUCCCAUCUGUGCUGCCAACCAAACAGACUCCCUCGUCUCGACCCAUCUCGGCUACUACAACAUGUUCUCGCAGGACGCCGCCGCCUGGAUCAAGUCGGUCCUCGGUGUCGUGGACAACUCGGACUUCACGACCGUCAUUCCCACCCAAGUCAGCGGCACCGCGGAAAACUACGCGACCAUCCCAUCCACCUUCACUCCCUCUGGAACCGUCACCACCGCCUCCGUCACCACAGCUAGCGUCACCUGCGGCCCGACCUCAACCACCAAAGUCAUCGCUGCCCUGACGAGCACAAACGGCGCCACUGCGAGCACUUUCACCACCAAGUCGGCUUACACCAAUAGUACUUCUACCAUCACCUCGAGCCCCGGGUCUACCAGCUCAGGCGCAUCGUUUUCCUUCGCUGGCGGAUCUACCAGCUCAGGAGCACCGUUUUCCUUCGGCAGCGAAUCAACCACCGCCACCGGCUCGAGCGGUGGAUCGGCGACAAGCUCAGCUCUCGUUCAGAGCCAGACUGGUGCCGCGAGCAGCCACGCCGGCAACCUUGGCCUGGCUCUCCUUCUCCCCUUCCUCGGUGCUCUUGGGCUUUAA